AUGACUUCUAACGUUCAAAUUUGUAUUGAAAAUGGAAUUUUCUUCAUCACAUUGUCUCGAGAGAAACGACUCAAUUCAAUUACAAAUGAGAUGUACAAACAACUGACAGAAGCAUUCAAGAAAGCAAACCAUGAUUGCAAUGUGUUCUUAACUGUCAUAAAAGGAGUUGGAAGAUAUUACUCUGCCGGAAGUGAUUUCUCUCUGGACGAAUUGAGUGAAAUGAGUGGCGAUGAGAAGAGCAGUUAUUACUAUUUGGUUGAGGAAAUAAUUAAUCAUGCAAAGCCAAUCAUUGCUCUAGUCCAUGGACCUGCUGUAGGUAUUGCAGUGACAACAUUGGCCUUGUUUGACAUGAUGUUUUUUAUUUCGGCUACAUUCUUAUGUCCUUUCACCACCUUGGGACUGUGCCCGGAAGCUGCUAGCAGUUAUUCAUUCAUUCAAUCAAUGGGAUAUCAGAAAGCAGCCAAGAUGCUGAUGUUCGCAGAGAAAAUAACAGCAGCUGAAGCAUUAGAAUGUGGAUUAGUUUCAAAGGUCUUUCCUUCCGAGUCGUUUGAUGUACUGUCCAGAGAUCUGAUUCAAAAGUACGCACAGUUAUCUCCAGAGAGUUUGCUUGCCAGUAAACAAUUGCUUCGGACCAACAAACAAUUGAAGGAAUUGCAUAAUGUCAAUGAAACUGAGCACGAUGUUCUGAUAAAGCUGAUGACGUCAGAGUCUACUAUGGAACGCAUCAUGAAGAAAUUCACAAAGUCCAAAUUGUAA